AUGAGCAAUACUAAAUCAUCGACAAGACAUACUAUGUACAGUCUUCACGAGCACAAACAUCUCUGUAGAAGAGCUAUGACCUUCAGUGCAUCAGGCUUGGACACUCUCCUGCACCGUCCAGCACGAGAAAGCAUCAGUAGCCGCUUGCUGAGGGCCCCAGUGCCUGUUCUUGCGGAACUUCUUUACACGCGAUUCGCUCAAACACGCACGCCCACGCCUACUGACCAUGAUGGCCCAACCAUCCGCGUGGUUUGCAUCUCAGAUACUCACAACACCCAGCCGCAACUGCCAGAGGGAGACCUCCUCAUCCACGCAGGCGAUCUCACCCAGUCCGGGACUCACGCCGAGCUAGAAGCACAGAUCGGAUGGCUCGAUCGCCAGCCCCAUCGCUUCAAGGUAGCGAUCGCGGGAAAUCACGAGCUGUGUCUGGAUCCGAAAACACCAGCUGAAGCACCUGGUGGCAAUGAUCCAGUUGACUGGAAAUCAAUCCGGUAUCCGGAGAACUCGUCGACAAUCCUCGACUUUGGGUACAGACGCGUCAAAGUGUUUGGGACCCCCUACACCCCGCAACACGGGAACUGGGCUUUCCAGUAUCCGCGGAAUGAGAAUAUCUGGGACAAGAUAUGGAUCCCUGAGGACACAGAUAUUCUGGUCACACACGGCCCGCAGAAAACACAUUUAGAUUUGGGACGGUAUGGAUGUAAAUUCCUUCGGGACCGGUUAUGGUCAGCCAAACAAAAGCCUUGGCUGCAUGUGUUCGGUCAUGUCCAUGGGGCGAAUGGGAAGGAGACUCUCUGCUGGGAUGAGUUUCAACGAGCGUACGAGAGCAUCAUGGAUAAUGAGGCAAAAUGGCCAAGUAUGAUCCGGUUACUGUGGCAUGCAUUUCUACGGCUUAUACGCCUGAGCGAUACAUGCGAAAGGACUGUGAUGGUGAACGCCGCUGCAAUUGGAGGACUCCGCGACGAAAAGAGACGGGACGCUAUCUGCGUUGAUAUCUAA